GGCUCCUUCCAUUUCAUAUAUAUCUCUUUCUUUCCCCCAUUUCCCAAAAUUUUCACUCUCUCCCACACAAAAUUAUUCAUGUUGUUCCUUAUCUCCUACUGUUUUCCCCUUUCCUAUCAUGUUCUACCUGAAAAUUUUUGAGAGAACACCAAUCUGCUGAAACCCUAAUUCUUCUGAAUUUUCCCAUUUCAUUUGUAAUUUCAUGGUUGGGGGAUUUUGAUUUUUCUCUACUUGGAUUCCUCGGUUGUUCUGUUUAGUUCAGAUGAAGAGGGAGCUUGAAGAGGAUAGAUCUACGGCGGAUGCUGGCCGGAGGGUUGUAAAAGGGGAGUGUUCUUCAUUGUCCGGUGGGAAACUGAAGAUGUGGGAGGAGGAGGAGGAGGAGGAGCAAGACGCUAAUGGCGGCGGCGGCGGAGGAAUGGAUGAGUUGCUUGCUGUUUUGGGAUACAAGGUUCGGGCGUCGGACAUGGCGGAUGUGGCUAUGAAGAUGGAGCAGUUGGAGAUGGUGAUGGGAACUGCUCAGGAGGAUGGGAUUUCUCAUCUUGCUUCUGAUACUGUUCAUUAUAAUCCUUCUGAUCUCUCUGCUUGGGUUCAAAAUAUGCUUUCUGAAUUCAAUAAUUCCACUAACCCUAACCCCCAAUCUUCUCUGUAUUCCGAUUCUCUCCACCGGAUUCAAUCCACCACAUCGUGUUUGUACGACGACGAUUCUGAGUACGAUCUGAGCGCCAUUCCUGGUGUUGCGCUUCUGCCUCCUAAAGAUUCCUCCGCAGAAACCGAAACUCAUUCUCGUAAGCGAUUGAAAAUCGGAGGGGAGAGUUCGGGUCAUUUAUCACCGUCGCCGUCUUCGUCUUCACCGCCGUUCGUUACCACGGCGGGGAUUGUAUCUGAACCGUCGCGGCCGGUGGUGGUUGUGGGGGAGGAUUCGCAAGAGACUGGGAUUCAACUUGUUCACGCUUUAUUGGCUUGCGCAGAGGCGGUGCAGCAAGAGAAUAUGAAGCUCGCUGAUGCAUUGGUGAAGCAUAUAGGAUUUCUAGCGGCGUCGCAAGCCGGCGCUAUGAGAAAAGUCGCGACGUAUUUCGCCCAAGCCCUAGCUCGUCGGAUAUACGGAAUCUACUCUCCUCAAGACGGGCUAUACUCCUCCUACUCCGAUCCCUUACAGAUGCACUUUUACGAAACCUGUCCGUAUCUGAAAUUCGCGCAUUUCACUGCCAAUCAAGCCAUUCUCGAAGCGUUCGCGACGGCGGCGAGAGUUCAUGUAAUCGAUUUUAGUCUCAAUCAAGGUAUGCAGUGGCCGGCGCUGAUGCAAGCGCUCGCAUUACGCCCUGGUGGUCCGCCGGCAUUUCGAUUGACUGGAAUCAGCCCACCGCAGCCGGAUAACACGGCGGAUUCGUUGCAGCAAGUCGGUUGGAAGCUAGCACAAAUGGCAGAGGCCAUUGGUGUUGAGUUUGAGUUCAAUCACAUCGUGUGUAGUAAUCUGGAGGAUCUCGAUCCGGCGGCUCUGAAGAUUCGGCCGACGGCGGUGGAGGCGGUGGCGGUAAACUCGGUGUUCGAUCUACACCGGUUGUUGGCUCGACCUGGAGCGAUAGAGAAGGUUCUGGGGUUGAUAAAGACGACGCAGCCGAAGAUCGUGACGAUUGUGGAACAGGAAGCGAACCACAACGGGCCGAUUUUCCUGGACCGGUUUACUGAGGCGUUGCAUUAUUACUCGAACCUGUUUGACUCGCUCGAGGGGUCAUCAAUCGGGUUCGAACCAGCGAAUGAGGACGUGUUAUUGUCCGAGGUUUAUUUGGGGAGACAGAUUUGCAACGUGGUGGCAUGUGAAGGAACGGACCGAGUUGAGCGACACGAGUCAUUGACUCAGUGGAGAACUCGGAUUGAAUCAGCCGGGUUUGACCCGGUCCAUCUCGGUUCAAACGCGUUCAAGCAGGCUAGUAUGCUUUUGGCCCUCUUUGCUGGCGGAGAAGGGUACAGGGUGGAGGAGAAUAAUGGUUGUUUAAUGCUUGGCUGGCACACUCGACCGUUGAUUGCCACGUCAGCAUGGCAACUCGCUCCCGAUGGGUCGAAGUGAGUCUACUCACUGGGUGAAUGACUUGAGUUUGUGGACCUGUUUUUUUUUUUUUUUUUUUUUUUUUUUUUUUUUUUU